UUCCCAUGACUUUCCUAACAAGCCAACAAACCCACACUCUCUCCUUCUAUAAAUACCCCCAUACCCCCUUCAAUUCCCAGUUUCUCUCUCCUCUCCUCAUUUCCCUUCUUCCCCAAUUUCCACCCUAAUUGCAAAAACUCCCAUCAUCCCAAAUUCCCAUUCAAUUCAAAUCAAUUGAAAACAAACAAAAUUUGAGAUUUUGAUUCUGGAAAAUUUCUAGGAUUUUGAAUCAAUUUGAGAAAUGGGAGAUGCGUUUUGCAGCGACUGUAAGAAACACACCGAGGUAGUGUUCGAUCAUUCUGCAGGUGACACAGUUUGUUCAGAGUGCGGACUCGUAUUGGAAUCUCACUCAAUCGAUGAAACCUCCGAGUGGAGAACGUUCGCCAAUGAGUCGAACGAUAAUGACCCGGUCCGUGUUGGUGGACCUACCAACCCCUUGUUAUCGGACGGUGGUUUGUCCACCGUUAUAUCAAAGCCGAAUGGUACUACUGGAGAUUAUUUAUCGUCUUCGCUAGGGCGGUGGCAGAAUCGGGGUUCGAACCCCGAUCGGGGUCUUAUUCAAGCCUUCAAGACCAUUGCCACUAUGGCUGAUAGGUUGGGUCUUGUUUCAACCAUAAAGGACCGAGCUAGUGAGAUAUACAAAAAAGUAGAAGAUCAGAAGUCUAGUAGAGGAAGAAAUCAAGAUGCUAUUUUGGCUGCAUGCCUAUACAUAGCUUGUCGGCAAGAGGACAAGCCUCGGACUGUAAAGGAAAUCUGUUCUGUCGCCAAUGGAGCUUCAAAAAAAGACAUUGGUCGUGCAAAAGAGUACAUUGUGAAACAGCUGGAGGUUGAAAUGGGACAAGCAGUGGGCAUGGGAACUAUACAUGCUGGAGAUUUUCUGAGACGUUUUUGUUCAAAUCUUGGUAUGAACAAUCAAGCCAUGAAGGCUGCUCAAGAAGCUGUUCAGAAAUCAGAAGAAAUUGAUAUAAGGAGAAGUCCCAUAUCUAUUGCUGCAGCAGUGAUAUAUAUUAUUACCCAACUUUCGGAGGAAAAAAAACCCCUUCGAGAUAUCUCACUUUCUACUGGUGUUGCUGAAGGAACCAUCAGAAAUGCUUACAAGGACCUUUAUCCUCAUAUUUCCAAGAUAAUUCCCAAUUGGUAUGCCAAGGAUGAGGACCUGAAAAACCUUUGCAGUCCUUAACAGGAACAUGGGAGCUCUACAGACCUUACAGAUUUUUGCCUUUUUGGUGUGGGGAAUACAAAAUGGAAGCCUGCCCAUUACCUUAAAGAUAUAACUCGCAUAAAAGAUGCUUAACUGCUGAUCGAAUGUGCAAUUGUUUUGUUUUAAACUUUAAAGAGACGCACCCAUCUUUGUUGGGGUGACAUAUCAACAAUACACUUCUCUGUUGCAUUAUUUUAGCAAAUGUAGUAUCUGAAUGGGAUAAAUGACAGGCGCUGGAGAAGAGUUAGGGUGUUGGGUGUAACUGUAAACUCUUUGCUUGGAAGAGGGUGAUAUGAAGUCGGAAUUUAGAUUUCUACGCAUUUAUAAGUUAUUUUUUUACAGGAUUUAUUAAAAAUGAACACUAUGGUUAGUGAUGAUUCUUAGAAGUUUUUCAGCA